CCCGCUCGUGUGAGCUCCCCCGGUUCGAACUCGAACGCAGAGAUCAAAACCAGAGAGAAUCACCCAAAAAUCCAUAACGAAGCUCGAGCCCCGCAGAAGCGAUGGACGCGUGAUGGAUCACAUCCUCCGCGCGCACAGAAGAGAAUCGCCUCCCUCGCGCGCGCGCGCGCAUUCCGCACGCGGGCGUCGACGAUCGUAGCUAGGUCAGGGGAUCGCGCUGCUGCUGCUGCUGCCGCUGCCGCUGCCUCAUCCCCGGCCACGAAGCGGACCGCGCCUCGGUUUCGAUACGGUUCUCCCGCGAUUGAUCGUCGCGAUUCAGAUUGUUGAAUCAAUGGAAGGCGAAAGCUUGUAGAAAAAAGUGUUGGAAUGCAUGGAUCUAGCGCAGAGUCCACUCUCCUUGUAAAUGCUGAGGUUGAUUCUUCCAUGGGUGGAGUUGCUGAAGGUGGAGUUGGCACUAGUAUUAAAGCCUCUCCGCACCAAGCGGCAAUUGAGAAGGCUCAAGCAGAACUUAGACUGGAAUAUGACUAUCUUGAAGAACGGAGAAGAGAGCUUGAAUUCCUUGAGAAAGGAGGCAAUCCUUUGGAUUUUAAACAUGGCACUGCAACCUCAGCCAGUGUGCAAUCAACUUCGCUUACUGAUCAGCAUCUGGAACAAGUGGCGACCAGUGAAGCGAGGGGUAGUUUUGCAUUGGCUGCAUCACCUCAAGGGGACUCUCUUGAGAGUAGUGAUAGGCCCAGACUUCUCUGUGGUUCAAACUGUCCUGAUAAUCAAUUAGAUUCUAAUGGGGAGGGCCAUUUGGUUGAAGGAGAAAAGAACUCUAUCCGUGGUGGUAGAAGGAAUAAGUUUGCUUCUUCUAAGCAGUCAUCUCAAUUUGAUGGGAGUAAAAAUGCCAAGGACUCUGAAGAGUCUGCUAUAUUUCGUCCAUAUGCUCGAAGGAAUCGGUCAAGGCCAAACCGUGAUGGUGCCCGAUCAAGUUCUGCUGAUAUGUUUCAUGGUCAUGGCUGUCAUGGAUUAUCUUUAGCUGCGCGAGUAGCUGCGCGAGUGGGUUUUAGAGACCCUAAGGGCUCAGUAUUGGAAACCAAGAACCAAAAGGAAGAGAGUUUGCUGAUGAUCACUAGACCUAAAUGCUCAAGUGCCAAGGGCAACAAAAGAAUUCAGUCAGAUAUUGAGGUAGAUGGUGAGAAAGAUCUUGAAUCAACUUCUGUUCAUGCAGAGAGUGACCGUCCUGGAGGUGACUUGGAUGUUGCAGAUAAAAGCUCAAGGGAUAAUCAAAGUACUAAAUCAGCUGAAGUUGAUUUAACGAAAACUGCAGUAGAAAUAGAUUCUGGUGUUUCAGAUAUUCAAGCUAGGGAAAAUUCAGCUUUUGCUAAUACUGAUCUUCCUUCUGCAAUUGUAGCAAAAGUUGAAAAUGAAACUAGUUCUGGUGUAGUGAGUAGUUUUGCAGAUGAACAUAGUGACCGGAGAGACCAUGUAAAUGAGUGUCAAAAUAAUGCUACUGCACCUGGUGUGAGGGGUUUGGACUCAGAAUCUUCCUGUACCCGUACUAGUAUAGGCACAGAUGUAAAUAAUGAUUGUGAAGUUUAUAAUAGUUCAAAAAGUGCCUGCAUCACUGUGAAUCUUCCAUCUGAAACUGGGGGCAAUGAGAAGUUAAUUUCUGAAGAAAUGGUAAAAGAGCAGAAUGACAGCAAAAGUACUGAAUAUGAUGCUCUUUCAAAAGAUGAGAAUAAAUGUGAUGCUAAAGCCCAUGUAGAUAAUGGUGCCAUUUGUAACGGUGAAGAAAUGCAUGAAAGAUCUGACCCCAGAAGAGAGGUGCAAAAUUCUCCAGGAGGCACGGGAAUGGAACAGAUUGGACAUGUUGCAUCAGCAACUGAAAGUGAUAGAAGCAAAACUUUUGAUAACAAUCCCACUAUCCAGGACAAGGUUUCACUUGGAAGACCUCAAGGAAUUGACGUUUUAGCUUGUGAACUGAAAAGUUCUUCAUCAGAGAGGGAUCAUGCUGUUCUUUCAGACCCUAAGACUUGUUGUUCGUACAACUUGAAAUUGGUAGACAAGGCAAGAGAGGAUCAUGUCCUGGAAGAGGCACAAAUAAUUGAGGCACGUCGUAAGAGGAUUGCUGAGUUAUCUUUUGGCCCUAAAAAGUUGGAUAAUCGUCAGAGAUCUCACUGGAGUUAUGUUCUUGAAGAAAUGGCAUGGCUGGCAAAUGAUUUUUUGCAGGAGCGUGUUUGGAAGAUGACUGCUGCGGCUCAAUUAUGUCAUCAAAUUGCUUCUGCAUCGCAGUUGCGAUUUGAAGAACAAGAUCGUCAGAAAAAGCUGAAAAAGUUAGCGUUCAACUUUGCAAAGGCUGUGAUGCAAUUCUGGCAUGUUGCGGAUAUGCUUGCUCAUGGUGGUGAUGCAAGUUUUGAUAUGAAAAGUGACCAUCGUCUGGAAGAUGGACCAGGGAAGAGAGAUGACAAUGAUUUGCAUCAUGACAAAAGCAGAAAAUCCCAGAAGAUGGAGGUACUGGGUUCCGCAAAAUUCCCUUCACUUGCUGUUCAGGGAUAUGCCAUGCGGUUUUUGAGAGAGAACAAUCUACAUGUUCCUGCCUUCGAAGCUGAGGUGUUAACAGAUAUAGAUGAAGUGACAGAUAUGGAGAUCUCCAAAUUAUUCCAUGACAGUCAUCUUACAGGAGAUAGCAUCUUUUACACAAUUUCCUCUGGUGCAAUGGAGACAUACAGGAAGUCCAUUGAAUCCUGUGUGACACAGUGUGAGAAUACGGAAAGUAAUAUGCAGGAGGAAGUCAAUUCAUCCUUGCCAGAAACAGUCUCAGUCUAUGGAUACCAAGCAACUCCUCAUAACAAAAAAGAGCGAGAGACAUGCAUGUACAAUCUUUCCCAGAAGAAUCGGAAUCGGAAAAGCUUUAAGUCAUACGGUUCUGGAUCAUAUGAAAUGGCAGCUGAUAUACCCUAUGGAGAAAACAGAAUGGGGAUGCAACAGUCAUUUUUUAUGGGCAAGAGAGCUGCUAGUCUUGAUGUUGGUCCAGUUCCACCUAAGCGAAUGCGAACUACUCCCAGACAGAGGGUCUUAAGUCCCUUUAAUGGUGGAGCUGGUUUUAGGGGUUAUCUCAAAAGUGAUGCUUCUAGUGGAGAUACCAAUUCUCUUCAGGACGAUCAGAGUACACUGCAUAGUGGAUCACAGGUUCAGAAAAUUAUGGAGGCUGAGUCAGUUGGGGGCCUUGAAAAGCAGUUGCCAUAUGACUCUGCAGAUGCAUCAAUCAAAUCCAAGAAAAUAAAGAAACGAAAGCUUCUGAUUUAUCCAUAUGAGCAGGAUUGGCAGCUGGAUUCCACUGCUCACAUUGAACGGAGGGAUCAAUUGAAGAAGAGGUUAGAGAAUCAUUGUUUUGAAUCAAAUAGAACCAGUGCCAAGAAGCCAAAGAUGAUCAAGCGAUCACCUGAUAAUACUUUUGAGAACAUCACAUCAAUGACUGGGUCCAUCCCUUCUCCUGUAGCAUCUCAAAUGAGUAACAUGUCCACCCCAAAUAAAUUAGUAAAUUCAACCAACAGUCACGAUAGGAGCAGGAAAGUGAAAGGAUUUAAGGUGUCCACAGUGCAGCCAGGUUCUGGAAGUCUCUGGUCACUAUUCGAGGACCAGGCUCUUAUCGUCCUGGUACAUGAUAUGGGUCCAAAUUGGGAGCUGGUCAGCGAUGCAAUCAAUAACACUCUACAAUUUAAGUGUGUAUUCCGCAAGCCUAAAGAAUGUAAGGAGCGUCACAAGUUUUUAAUGGAUAAGAAUGCUGGUGAUGGGGCUGAUAGCGGGGACGAUUCGGGGUCGUCUCAUUCUUAUCCAUCUACUUUACCAGGCAUUCCUAAGGGAAGUGCCAGACAGUUGUUUCAGCGCUUGCAAGGGCCUAUGGUGGAGCAGGCUUUAAAUGAACACUUUGAGAAAAUAAUUAGAAUUAGCCAGAAGCAGCCUUACGAAAGAAUUACGAGUGACAGCCAUAAUCAAAAGCAAGUACCUGUCCACCAGUCUCAUUUUGUUGCUCUUUCUCAAGUCUGUCCAAAUAACCUGAACGGAGUUUUUCUCACACCUUUUGAUCUUUGCGAACCGACUGCUCCUCCUGUGUAUCAAGGUUCUCAAGCUUGUAAUCUAGCAUCAUCAAACCAAUGUGCUGUGCCACCAAUGCUUGCUACGUCUGGGGAAAUUUCAUUAUUGCAUGGAUCAAGCACUGUGGUUCUUGGUCCUAACGUCUUGUCUUCUACUGAUGCACUCACAACCUCUUGCAGAGUUAACUUUCCGAGAACAUUAUCUAUGCCAGUUGAUCAGCAGAAUAAGAUGCAGCAUUAUAAUCAAAUGACAUCUCCCAUGAACUUUCAACAACCCUACCUAUCUGUCUCUGGGUCUCUCUCUCUUACCGAUUGUGAUGUUCGUAUGAAGCCUGGUAGAAACAGUGUGGUUGUGAAUAGUGGGAUGGAUGGAAGCAUGCCAAUGUCUCGACCAGAGAUUCAUGGAAUGACCUCAUCAUCAGUACUGAGUUCUAGCAGCAUGGUGGGUAUGCCAGGUCCUGUAAAUAUGCACCCUAGACCUGAUUCUGCACAAGUAAAUUCAACCUUGCAACCUCGUGAGGCUUUGCAUUCGGUGAGGCCUGACCAUAUCUCAGAGCAGCAAACCCAAAGGUUGGUUCCAGGACCUCAGAAGCAGGUCACUCAAGGGAAUAUUCAAGGUGUUCCUCCUCUUAGUGGGUUGGGUUCUGCGUUUUCUAAUCGUGCAAGUCCAACUCAGAUGUAUCCAGGCCAUUCCCAGCGGCAAUAUCAAAUGUCCUCUCAACAACCUCAUUUGCCUAAUAGUCCUUAUAAUCGCCCUAAUAUUCAGGGGCGGAAUCAAGCAACUGAUUUGCCACAGCAAACUUAUGCAAUCCAUAUUGCUAAGGAAAGGCAGCUUCAGCGGCGGCAUCUCCAACAGCCUCGGCAGCAGCUCGCUGCAUCUAAUAAUGCUGUCAUAUCUCAUGUGCAACCACAACCUCAGUCUCCCAUGCCAUCUUUGCAGAAUAGUUCCCUACAACAAUCCCAGCCAUCAUCGCAGCCAAUGCCUGUGUCACCACAAACACCCUCUUCACCAAUGUCACCUACAUUUUCUCCUCAACAUCCUCAGAAUUAUCCGCUUCAACCUCAUGCUCUUGGCCUAAAUCAUCAGAAUAAUACUAUGAGUUGCCUGACUAAUCAGACUGGAAGGCAACAUCACCGUCAGCUGCAGCAACAGCAACCUCAACAAUAUAGCGGGCCCCCUCCUAAAAGGCAGCAGCAGAAGCAGGGUAUAAAGGGAAAUGGGAGAGGAAAUAACUUGGUGAAUCAGAACCUCUGUUCUGACUCUUCUCAUCUAAAUGGUCUCUCUAUGGCCACUGGAAACCACGGGGUGGAGAAAGGCAAUCAGGUAUUGCAGUUCGUGGAAGGUCAAGGUUUUAGGAAUCCUGGGUCAACAGUAAAUAACCCUGUCCAAUCACCUAAAUCCCAGACUCCUCCCAAUCCCAAUCAUCCCCAGCUGCAGCAGACACGGCUUUCUAGUCCCACAUCUCCUGUGUCAAGGCAAAUACAGCAGAUUCCUUCUAGGUCUGAUAGUAGCUCUGCUGAGCAUGGGUCAUCCAUUCUAAACAAGGCCAUUACAUCUCCACUGACAGCUUCGAACCAUCUACAGGCACUGCACAUACAUCAACAACCCAAACAAAAGCAUGCUAAUCCCAUUCAACCACCAUAUACUGUCUUUCAACAGGGCCAUCCAAUGACAUCCAAGCCAUCUAUUAAGUCUCAAACCAACCAAGCUCAACUUGACCGGAGUCCUGUGAAUAAUAGUACUUACCAGGAAAAUACUGCUGCAAUGGUGCCUCAAGCCUCUGUUGAUUCCACUAAUGCAGGACCUGGUAAAAAGUCUCAACUUUAUAAUGCUUCUUGUUUGCCUGCUCAACCUCCUUGUGUGGGUUUUGUUGGAAGACCACUUAAUGCAAAUAUGGCCAGAAAUGAGUCAAUGCCAUCUGUAGGCCAGAGUAUGGAGCAAUGCCGAGAACCAGGUAGCUUGUCUUCUCAUGGUCGUAGCAUUAAUUGCUUGGGGACGCAGCUGGGGCAGAAGCAGCUGCAACCAAUGAUGCCACCCCUCAUGCCUCGGCCGUCACCCAAGCAACAGUAUCAGCUGCAAGAACAGUUUCUAAAGUCUGAGGAGCAACAAGCACUUCAAAAACCACUGCCAAAGUUGCCUUCUCAGCAACAAAGGCAGCAUUUGCAAGCAGGGCAAGGAAAUUGACAUGUAAUGCAAGAGGUUUUUUUUUUUCUUGGAAAGCAUGAUUCAUUAGAUGAAACAAGGUAUUGGUCGCCCUAGUGAUGAAUGAGCAUGUCCCUGUGAGAACUCUGUACAGGGAUUGAUGCCGAUUUUGUAAGCAUCCAUGCAAAUGGAGCUGGCUAAUACAAAAAUAGACCACAAAAGUGAGGACAGCUAGGAGUUAUGACCAUUUAUUUCAAGCGAUAUGAAGGUUAAGUGAAGGAUUGUAGCAGAUCGUUUGUUUAUUUACUUUCUGGAAUCAUGUAUAGUGACACUUCUCAGGUCUUAAUCGAGAGAUUGAGACAAAUAUAGAGUUUUUUGUACAGAGGUCUCAUCUCUCCUUUCCUUCUCCUUUAGGUGUUUUUUGGUUCUCUUGGCUAAAUAGACUGGUGCAUGUGUAAUUACCCUUUGAGAUCAAGUGGGGAGCAAUUGCAGUCACAGGCAAAGCCUUAGAACAUUGUGUGAAUAUAAUGGUUCCUGAUGUAUAGACUGAUCAUGUCAAUGCAGUUAUUUGGCCUCUCAGCAAGUUUUUUAGUGUA